AAAAACUGAACUUCUGAAAUCUUCAAAAUUUGAAGAUUUAUUAGUACUAUCAACUCCAUCAACUCCAUCAUUAGAUAGUACUGUUACUGGUAAUUUAAUUAUAACUUCACAAAAUGAAGAAAAAAUUAUUCAAAAUUUAAUUGAUAAAUUACCAUAUAAUAAUAUAUUAGAUACAAAUAAAUAUAUUAAUAUUGACAAUUUAUAUAGAAGUGUUGAUUUAACAAAUGAAGAAAUAAUUGAUAUAAUUCAAGAUAAUUCAAGUGAAAUAGUAGAAGAACCAGUUACAAUUGAAAGUGCAAUUAGCAGUAUAAAUAAUGUUUUACAAUUUAUAAAACAAAAUUCUGAGUUAAAAAUAGAUAAUAACGAAAAAAAACUUCUUUAUACUAUUCAACAAAAAUUUAAUAAUUUAAAUAAGUAA